AUGGGGAAUCAAAAUGUUUCACUGGCUUCAUCAAAUGGACUAGUGCAUGAUUUUGAAAUAUAUGUUGGCAAAGGUACUUUACCUCCAUCGAACCAUGGCCUAGGUAUAAGUGGAGAUGUUGUCAUGCGACUUAUUGAAUGUAUUCCAAAAAAUGAAAAUUGUAAGGUAUCUAUGGACAAUUGGUUUAAUUCCUACAACUUGCAAUGCAAGUUAAAAUUUGUUGGAGUUCAAAGUAUCGGGACAGUACGUUCUAAUCGUAUUGCCGGUUGUGUAUUAGCAAAUGAUAAGCAAUUGAAAUCUGGAGAAUGUGGCAAGACCACUACCUGUGGAGAAUGUCAAAAGAUGGUCUGUUGCAGAAAAAAAAAAGUUGAUGUCCCUAGGCCAGCGUCAAUUGGUGAAUAUAAUUCUUAUAUGGGAGGCAUUGAUUUACAUGACAUGCUAGUGGAGCUAUAUCGUGUAAAUAUAAGAGUAAGACGAUAUUAUUUACGCAUUGUGUAUCAUUUGCUUGAUAUGUAUGUGGUAAAUUCGUGGUUACUCUAUAGAAGACAUUGUAAGCAGUUAAAUGAAAAAACUAUGAGCUUAUUAAAAUUUAAGUUAGAAAUAUCUCAUGCUUUAUUACAAUGUGGAAAAGUUCAAACGCCAAAAAGAGGUAGACCAUUAUCUAACACACCACCAAGUAAAAAAGAAGAACUUUUACUCCAAGACCAACUAACGAUGUUAGAUAUGAUGAAACUGGACAUUGGCCAAUUCGAGUCAUAA